CAUAGCCCAAUCUAAUAGUAAUAGUAUACUGUAUUGUUAAUUUCAUAAUUUCAACAGCUGCUACUAUUUUUCCUUUUUGCACUAUUAUUUUACAAGUACUCUGCGUUCCCAUCUGCAUCCGUGUUUUUACUUGUGAAACAUUUGAAAAAGAACUAGGUUUGGACCUCAAGUGUAGUACUUAGAUACUGAAAUGACAGACAAGUCAGUGUCUGUGUGUAUUUUAAGUUCCACCUGCAACAGAUCACACUCAUUCAAACCAUGAGGUGAACUUCUUUACUGUGAAGCACAGAACUGCUCGUGCAGGACUUUGCAGACGGUUGACUGUGUGCGAGACAAGAACAAGGAUCCUCCGGAACUGGUCCAUUCCGUGUCACCAUGGGGGUCAAAGCUGCACUUCCCAAAUAUGAAAUCUACUUCUACAACACAGUGCUGUGUCUGGCAAUGUUCUGGGCCACUAGUUGGAUCUUUGAGGUGUCCAGCUCAAAUGCAAGCAGAAAGUCGUUCAAAACCAGCAUGAAACCAGGAUGGUACUACUUUGGGAGGAAAAUGGACACGGCCGACUUUGAGUGGAUGAUGUGGUUUUCCACUUUCAGGGAGCACAUUUUGUUUGCUCUCUCUGGUCACGUGCUGUUCGCCAAGAUCUGCUCAAUGCUGGCUCCACAGUACAGGUCCCUGGUACACAUGGUGUAUGGACUGCUGGCUGUGUGGACCAGCAUGGGUUGGACGUACGUCUCCCUCAUGUUGUCUCACUGCAUCCUCCUCUACAGCAUCUCCCUGGUGAAAAUUCGCUGGCUUUGCUUCGUCACUGGCUUUUGUACUCUCGCCACGUUCAAGUGUGAACCAUUUGUGUCCUGGCAGGCUGGAUUUGUUGAGGGAGACUUUGAGCUACGCCACGUUCUCUUCUAUGGAGGCUGUGGGUUUACUAUCAUGCGCGGCAUGAGCUUCGCUCUUGAGAAUUGUGAAAGGAAAGACGGAAACUACGACAUCCUGGAGCUGCUUAAAUACAACUUCUACCUCCCCUUCUUCUAUUUUGGGCCCAUCAUGACCUUUGACAAAUUUUAUGUUCAAGCCAACAAGUCAGACCUGACUAGAAAAGAGCGGGAAAUGUGGAACAUCAGUCUGCAGGGCCUGAUCCACUUGGGGGUCAUCAUUGUAGUGGACGUGCUCUUUCACUUCAUGUACAUCCGGACUCUUCCCACCGACAUGAAGCUGCUCAAACACCUCUCAGACUGGGCUCUAGUGGGUCUGGCUUACUUUAACUUGGUGUAUGACUGGGUCAAAGCAGCUGUCAUGUUUGGAGUCAUCAACACAGUGGCCAGACUGGAUCAUCUGGAUCCACCCAAGCCGCCAAAAUGCAUCACGAUGCUCUACGUGUUCGCUGAAACCCACUUCGACAGAGGAAUCAAUGACUGGCUGUGCAAGUACGUGUACGAUUACCUGGGUGGAAAGCAUAACAAUGUGGUGGAGGAGCUGGUGGCGACGCUGUGCACCUACGGCGUUGCCGUUCUCUGGCUGGGACCCUGCGAGGUGGUGCUGCUCUGGGCUUUCUUUAACUGGUUCGGCCUCAACUUUGAGCUGUGGACUGCCAAAUUCUUCUCCAUGGAGCCGUUUGCAUCCAUGGAGAUGGAAAUGUCAGAAGCCAUGUCCCGCAGGAUCAGAGCCAUCGUCAAUACUUUGAACUUCUGGUGCAUAGUGUUCUUCAACAUCGUGGCACUGAACAGUUUGGACUUUGCCAAGUUGGUCGCUAAACGACUCCUCCUCAAAGGUUUUCCUAUGACCACCAUCAUCGUCAUGUUUAUGACAUACUGCCUCAUUCAAGCAAUUAAGGAGCAAGAGAGGAAACAGGCCCUGAUCAAUGACCCUGAUCCCCUUCCUCCCGUCCAGCCUCAAAACAUCACCACCAGUGUGACCGGUGCUGCUGCAGCAGCGGCGGCGGCUGAUCCUCAGCCGGUCGCCGAUCCCAGUAAAGAAAAGGCAGAGUAGACAUUUGGUGUUCGCCAUUAAAGGACGCAGCAGUCGACAGUAUUUAAUGUUGUAACGUUUGAAGGAAUGCUCUUCUGCACAGCCUAAACUGUAAACAUGUUUACCAUCAUUUUACUGUAUUUAAUGAGGAAAAAGACAAUGCAGACAAUUAGUUUAUCCUUUAAGCUUUGCCUUAAGCGAUAUCACAAGUAAACUGCAACUUUUUGUUUAGCUGUUAAGAAAAGGUGUGACAUUUUAAUGAAUUGUUUGUAUGAAUGACGGUAGUGUUUUUCUACCUUUUUUGCCGAGUGGUUUCUCAGCGAAACCUCAGGUGUGAAUUAAAACAGUUGAGGUUCUUCUGCAGUUUGAGUCAGAGCUGCAUCUUGUGGUUUGUGGUGCGAGGCAUUUCUGAUCAUCACAUCAUGCUUUGUAGCUCCGACUGUACUUUCACACUAGAAACACUUUGCAAUAGAUCGCAUCAAGGAUGUUGCUUUCAAGAAACCACUUUGUGGAGUGAUUUAUGCAUGACUGCUUGGCAAAAUUAUUUUAAGAACACACAUGUUCUUAUUUAGAUUUCCUUAACUCUAUAACAAUUGUAUUUGUAUAAUAUCAGAGACUGCUGACAACAUCUAAGCCAAGGAUAUUUCUAUAACUCAACAUAUCUUUAUGACCCAAUGUAAAUUAUGAAUUUAUGUUUAUCAGAUAUAAACACCUGAACGAUA